UUUUGCAUUCAUCCACUUACUUCCGCGUAGCAGUGCCAGGUUUGCUAGUGCUAUCUGGGAGUCUUGGGACGUCCAUACCCUAAAUCCUAACCUUAAACCCUACUCUUACUCUAACCUUAACCAUAAUUCUUACCUAACUUUAACCAUUUUAAAAGUCAACUUCAAAGGGAGGUAGGCCCAUCCCAAGGGUCCAAGAUAGCCUGACAGACCGUGACAGGUGGGCGGGCACGGGGAUGGUUUUGGUGAAGCUCUCUCCAAAAGAAAAAAGAAGAAUAUGUGCGCUCUCCGCGGAGUCGACAGAAGCAGAUGUUUCUGUUUUUCAGGGAUAUAGUAUUUUCAACCUGACUUCCGUUUCACCUGAAAGCUGAAGCACGGACUCCGCUCAAGUACAGUGGGUGGCCACCUGUCCUUUCACACUCCAUUGGUACUUCCGCUGUAAGUCUGCGAGGACGUCGUCAACACUUCCGCGGAGCAGUAGACAGGGACCAGCGAAAACGACUGUUCCUUGGUCAAACUCCACGGCAUGAUGAAGACACCGGGUGUAUUGGUGGGGGUGUCUCUGCUGACUAGCGUAGCUCUGCUGGGACUGAUAAACGUGCGGCGGAAAGAAGAGAUGAAGGAGCAGAAACAUGUAUCGUUCGAGACGAUUAAACUGCGUGUGACCAGAGACGUACUGGGAGAGUACCAACACGAGGUGAUCAGAGCUCACAACCUGUUGGACAAGACCAAGGCUCAGGUGGAUACUCUGGGGUCAGAACUCCCCCCACUGCAGGCUGCAGAGGCCAAGAAGAAGAGUGAACUGGAGGCAUGCCAGGGAGAAAAGAAACAUGUCGCUGAUGAGGUGGGGGCCAUUGAGGCAGAGAACAGUAACUCUAAAACUGAGUUUGAGAAGCAAAAGGCUGCCUGGGAAGCAGAGAUGACGUCUCUCAAACAGCAGGUGGUGCAGCGCAGCAAAGUGUGUGUCUUUGUGAAGAAAGACUCUGUAGAGGGAAGGAAACUGUGUGGAGAUGAACCGCCUAAACAAGAGGCCACUCCAAAACCAGAUGCCCCCAAACCAGAAGAAUCCAAACCAGAUGCUCCCAAACCUGAUUCUCCUAAAGAAGCCCCCAAACCAGACGAACCCAAACCUGAUUCUCCUAAAGAAGCCCCUAAACAAGAGCCUGCCCCCAAACCUGAUUCUCCUAAAGAAGCCCCUAAACAAGAGGCUGCCCCCAAACCAGAAGAACCCAAACCUGAGGCCCCAAAGAUGAGAUGAGAUGAGCAGAGCUGGGGAUGGACGAAGAGAACGGGAAGAGCCACGUGGAAUCAAAGAAAAGACCUAAGGAAGGCAGAUGAAAAAUGGAGACCUUCUGCAGGACAUUUCUCUGUUCCUUUUUAAACUCGUUAGAACUUGUCCUUCAUGCUACUUUAGUGUCUAUUAACUACCAUCUAACAUGAGUGGAUAUUGAAUACUGUUUGUUAACCUUGUCCGUUCCUCUCUCUCUCAGUAUGACCCUCCCUCGGGGGGUGUUUGUGUGUGUGAUUUGAACAAAUGUGUAUGUGUCACCAGUAUCGACCAAUCGGAAAGUCCAGAGCCUCUCUCUGUCACUCCUCAUCAUCCUCACUCUGUUACCCCGGUGACGGUAUUUUGCAGUGGUGGCGACCAUAGCAUUGACCAAUCAAAAGUCGUGGAUUAAACUAAUGGUAUUUCUGUUUGUCUGAUUCUGAUGUAAUAAAGCUUAACCCUAAAGGAAA